CGAAAGUACAACACGAAACCGAUGUAAUUCUUAAGCUCCCUCCAACAUUUACAUCGUAUGGGUCAUUUACAAUCUCAUACAUCAUAAUCACCACAACUGCACAGUCAGAAAUAUGAUGUCUUUUUCUCCCGCACCCAUUUUCUCCGGGUCUUGGGACCAUCGCCCUGCUGUCUCAUCGCCGCUCUCUUCUUCACCUGUGCGCGCUUCAUCGCCACUCUCACCAAUUGACAGAAACGUGUGUCCGCAGCGUCAAAUUCAAUCUUCUCCUAUCAAGCCCCCAAAGUUCAAAUUUGCUUCGCGUCCCACUCGGCCAAACCCAGUGAACAAGAAGCGGGAUGAGCUACAAGAAGGAAGACGGAAGGUCUUCCUCCAGAAUGUGCGACAGAGCCGUGAAGACAAGGCCUGGCAACGUAGAGAUAUAGAGGGACAGUUUCUGAAGACAAAUUAUCUUGCCGACCGAGGACAGCUGUCUCAUGAUGCUCCUGACACUACUGAGGCGGAUAUCGAGGACGCCAUGACUUUCUACCAAGAGCAACCUCCGAUUCCAGAACAAGACGAGGAUGAAACGAUGAUGGAUGAAGAAGAGCAGCUCGAAGCGAUGCUUGCAUCCUAUGAGGAACAGCAGAUGGCUUCUUCACAACGGCCACCCUCGCCUCCGCUAUCAGACGAAGACUAUGAUGAUGUCUUUGCCGAGCUCAUAGCGCAAGAACAGUUCAAACAGAAUAAACCGCCCCGACCCCAAGACCAGAUGGAUACUUCUGGAGACAUUGAGAUGCAAUAAUGUUCUUCCUUUGUUCUUUCCUUUUACUAUUUCUUUUUUCCUAUUCAGUACUUUACGCGUUUGCUCGCUUGGCGUUGGGGUUGAUCGGAUCACCCAGGAAGGGACACGGCGUUCAGGAAGUGCCAGUGGAUAUCGUCAGAUGUGCACACCUAUUAUUUUGAGAAAGGGUAUAUAGAUGGC